CACAGUCACACAUGUAUACAUAUAUACACACCAAGCAGAACCCCCCAUUCUGUACAAACAUGACUCUCUAAUUUCUGUCUCCAAAAAUGAAUGUAGGAAUAAAAUACUAAAAAGUGAUCAACAUCUGGCCUGAUGCUGCUGUUAAAACAAACCUUUUCACAUCCAGCAUGUAAAUGCUUCCUGUAUUAACCAAUUCCCUCAGAUUAACUCAACAUGGUGAGAAACUUUUCAUCAGAAACAUUUCAAAUCUGAAAUCUUAACAGAAUAAAUGAUAGUUUCUGCUGCGGAUGACUGAUUAUUUUAUCACCCAAAUAAAACUGAAGCAUCUUUUAUAUAAAUAUAUUUCAGUAGCAAAAUUACCUUUAAAUUCUGCACAACUAAACAAAAUCUUUUAAAAUGCACAUUCAGUCUUGACUUAGGGCAGACACACCCACUGAUUACCCACAGAUUGCUGCUCUGCCCUGAGACAAUGACCUCUAGAUGGCCCACUUGUCUGAUUGGGCAUCUGAUGGUUGGGGCGUUACCCAGGUACAUCACAGUGGCAGACUUCUGCAUAAAAUGGUCUGAUUUUCCCUCCUUUGGAAAUUGUUUCCUGGGAGACAAAGAGGACAUUGCUGGAUUUUUUACCUCACUUUGCUUUUUCUCUCCUCAAGACUUUUUGCCAUGGCUCAAGACAAGAACUGUGACCGCCGUGUGCUUCACUGCCUCAAGUGCUUUAAACCAUCCGAGGUCCUUACUGCCCACCUCUCCAGGGUCUGCAUGAAGACCAACACACCAGAGGAGCGGAAGCAGGAGUUACAGAAGGCCAAGAAGUCCACCAAGACCUGGACUCGUGAGGGGAGGACCUGGGACUACAAUCAAAUGUUCCUAUGGUGUCAUCAUGGUCCUUCCAGGCGGGCACUUGUAAGAGAGCUGAAGAAAAAGGUUUUUUUUGUCCUCAACUGCCCCACAGACACUGACCUUGCAGAAAUGGAGAAGACAGCGGUAGCUAGAGCUGAGCAGCCAUCAACUUCUGCUGCCCCACCCCCCUCUGCAGUAGGCAGUCCAACUCAAGCCUCUGAAGCUGAGGAAGGCAGUUCCAGUAACCCCACCCGGCAACAGUCAAAUCUCCAUUUCUCCACGCCUUUGAGGAUCCGGAUGCAGGAAGAAAACCUGUAUGCAAAGUUUCCUCCUGAGGCAUCAGUGCUGCAGCAGUUCAAGAAUCAUUUGGUUUCUGUGCUCCAGAUCCCAAACUGCCAGCAGGAGGUUGACAAUGUGUCUAGAAUGCUGAGGUACAUGCAACCAACUGGAAAUGAGGUCAACUUUGACUUCCUCCAGAACACCACAAUGCUGGGGGGCUACUUUGAUGCACUGAAGAGAGUGGGACAGUCUGCAGCCACCAGGAUCAACUACAUCAAAAGCAUGAUUAAGUUCAUCAAAUUCCUGAAGCUGGAGCACGGGUCGUCUGAUUUAAGCUUAGUCAACCGGUGCUUUUACUACCUGGAGUUUCUGAGUGUUCUUAGAAAACCGAUUUCAAAGUCACACAGCAGAGACCUCUGCAGUAAAAGGCAUGAAUACUUGUUUCGUCCGAAGACAACGGUACACAGCUGCCAGAAAGUCCUCAGAGAGGCCAAGAAGGAUGUUCUUGAAAUUUAUGGGCAACUUCUCAAACAUGAACCGGUUACAGAAGAACAAAACACCCUGUACCGCUAUUACUGUGAAGCCAUCCUCCUCCUGGGUCAUUUCCAGAGGCCUGGAGCAGUGGAUGGACUGACAGUCACAGAAUGGCUGCAGAAGCAGGACUGCAAUGGACGGGUUGUCGUGUCUGUAAAGUCGCACAACAGAACAGCCAACAGGCAGAUGGCCUCGUUUGCCCUGACACAAGAAGAAGCUGCUAUAAUUAACCAGUACUACAUUUCAGUACGACCAAACUGCUUUAGAGACGGGGUGGAUGAAGACGCUGAUGGGUAUGACCAGCUGUUUAUAGCGAGAAAUGGCAGACCGAUUCAUAGCGCCACCAAUGACCUCCGACGUCUGCAUGAACACUACAAGUUAAAAAACAUCACCAGCCAGGAAAUCUGUCGGGCUGUUGAAAAACAAGGCAACAGCGUUCUGACAGAUGAGCAGAAGACCGGAUUGGCACAUUAUCUGGACAAGGUUGCAAUCACUAGACCACGAGACCACUACUGGAUGCAAGAGCCAGAAAACAUAGUGAACACUGCCAACUUGAUGCACCUCUUAACACAAAAUUCUAAUGAAUCAGGACAUGACCAGCGUCGUCCUGCAUCAAAAAGAGUAAGAGAGGCCCCAGAAGAAGAGAGUUUUGACCAGUUUCAAGAGACGUUCCCGGUCACCCUGGAUGGGAAGCCACCCAAAAAAUUCCAAAGAACUGCAGCUGGCUUCAGAGGAGACAGGGCUAUGUAUGACAGGUGGAGAACUCUGCAGUUCAAGAUGAGGGAGAAACAUCUUCUGGCAAAAUGGUCCAGGCGCCCCCCUACUGUCCCCAAAAUCGAAAAAAUCAUCCAAAAAGAGCAGUGGCUUUCAAACUGCCCAACAGCUCAGGCCAUCAUGUCCAAGUGGAGUCCACCGGAGAAAGAGGAGGUGGAGUCGAGCCGGGCGCUAAUGAAGAUGGUUCACACACAGAAGUGGAAACAUCUGGCGAGGGCUGGCGAGGGGAAAGGAGUGGUAACUACCAAAAGCUUCCCAAGGAACUCCAUCAUCUGUGAUUAUCAUGGAGAGCUCAUCACUGGUGAAGAGGGGAGAAUGAGGAUGGCUGGAAGAAGCGACCGGAUGAGUUUCUCCUUCUUCUUCAAGGCUGGCUCUGAGGAGCUAUGUGUCGACGCCCAUGACGCCCCGUGCUCGUGCCACCCCGACAGGGAGACUUUUGGGAGAUUAAUCAAUCACUCCAAACGGCACCCAAACAUAAGGCCUGUAAACUGCCUAAUGCAGUUUCCCGAAGGACCACAGCAUGUAAUCUUUUUCCGAGCAAUGAGGGACCUGGAAGUAAAUGAGGAGCUCCUUAUUGACAACAGGGUGAGAAAAAAAUCCUUUGGUGGUGAAGGAGCUGAUCUGUCCUGGUUGGAGGACUAACUGUUAAAAUGUCUGCCAUG